AGUAAAUGAGUAUAUGUCAGCGUCAGGUGUGCGGCAGUGAGGCGUGGGCUCCGGGACCGGCUCUCAGUCUGUCUCCGGUCAUGGCAGCGCGCGGUGAUCUGCCGGUGUAUCUGGCGCGUCCGGGCACCGCGGACCAGCUGCCGCGACAAAAACACGGAGGGUUGUUUUGUAACGUAGAAGGAGCGUAUGAGAGCAAAACCAUCGAUUUUGACGCUCUUACUGUCGGUCAGCGAAGCUCCAGGAGCCCAAGAGCCACAAACAGAGAAGAGCUGAAGCCUUCAAAGCACGAAACGAACUUUCCAGCUGCACACAGUGAACGCGAGCCUGAAGACACGGUGCGCAUCAAGAACGCGUUUGAGAAGGAAGAUCCACAAAACCUGAAGAGUGAGAGGCUCCUGAUUAAGGGCGGUCGGAUUGUGAACGAUGACCAGUCCUUCUAUGCAGACAUCUAUAUGGAGGAUGGAGUCAUCAAGCAAAUUGGAGACAACCUGAUAGUCCCAGGAGGGGUGAAGACCGUUGAGGCCGAUGGGAAGAUGGUGAUUCCUGGAGGAAUUGACAUCCACACCCACCUACAGAUGCCCUUCAGGGGGACGAGCACUGUGGAUGAUUUCUCCCAGGGCACCAAGGCUGCUCUUGCUGGAGGAACCACCAUGAUCGUGGAUCAUGUGAUCCCGGAGCCGGGCUCUAGUCUGGUGGAGGCGUUCGAGCGCUGGCGUGAAUGGGCGGAUGAGAAAGUGUGCUGCGAUUACUCUCUGCAUGCGGACAUCACCCACUGGAACGACAGCGUCAAACAAGAGGUCCUGAGUCUCAUUAAGGAGAAAGGAGUGAACUCUUUCCAGGUCUAUAUGGCUUUUAAAGACCUCUAUCAAAUGAGCAACAGUGAGCUUUAUGAGAUCUUCACCUUCCUUGGAGAGCAUGGAGGAAUUGCACAGGUCCACGCUGAAAAUGGAGAAAUAAUUGCUGAGGAGCAGGCCCGUAUGCUGGAGAUGGGCAUCACAGGACCGGAGGGACAUGUUCUCAGCCGUCCAGAGGAGCUGGAGGCUGAAGCAGUGUUUCGAGCCGUCACGAUUGCCAGUCAAACCAACUGUCCGCUGUAUGUGACCCGCGUGAUGAGCAAGAGUGCUGCGGACAUCAUCUCACAGGCCAGGAAAAAAGGUAUCUGGAAAUCAAAGCAAUUCUUGCCGCUCGCCACUCUCAAUGGUGAUCUGUCGGUGGUGGGCAGCGCUCACUGCACAUUCUCUGUGGCUCAGAAGGCCAUAGGGAAAGAUGACUUCACUCAGAUUCCUGAAGGAGUGAAUGGAGCAGAGGAGAGGAUGUCUGUCAUCUGGGACAAGGCUGUUGUCACUGGCAAAAUGGAUGAGAACAUGUUUGUCGCUGUGACAAGCACCAAUGCUGCCAAGAUCCUCAACCUUUAUCCACGCAAGGGUCGGAUAGCCGUGGGCUCUGACAGUGAUCUGGUUAUCUGGGACACAGACGCCACCCGGACCAUCACUGCAAAAACACAUCAUUCUGCAGCGGAGUAUAAUGUGUUCGAGGGCAUGGAGCUGAGAGGUGCGCCCAUGCUGGUCAUCUGCCAGGGCAAGAUUGUUCUGGAGGACGGGAACCUGCACGCGACCGCUGGCACUGGACGUUUCAUUCCCUGCUCCCCGUUUCCGGACUUCACUUACAAACGCAUCAAAGCCAGGAAACAGCUGGCCAUACUGAAGGCGGUCCCCAGAGGCAUGUAUGACGGCCCCGUGUCUGAAUUUUCACCCAUGUCGAGGGGCGGCACACCAUCUGCCUCCACCCGUACCUCACCCACCAAAGCCCCUCUAAGGAACCUCCAUCAGUCUGGCUUCACACUGUCAGGUCCUGAAGAAGCCCCCAUCAGACCGGCUGGAAGACGUAUCGUUGUGCCCCCCGGUGGCCGCUCCAAUAUCAUCUCCCUCAGUUAAAUAUGAAGAGCAUGUAAGAGAGAGGCCAGGAUCAAAUCAGCCGUGUAGAAGUAAGGUGAUUAGUCAGGAAACGAAACAAAAGAAGCAUAAAACACUGAACUCAUGCCUUACCCUCCAUGAUUUCCUCCUGAUGAGUGACUGAAGAUCAGUAGUCCAUCUCUGAGAAAGCAAAGCAUUUAGUAUAGUGUUACAUUUAUUUGUGUGUUUAGAUAAACUCAAUUAGAAGACAUUAGAAUUACCGUAAAAACAACUUUCGUUUGGAUAUUCUGCGAUGUUUAUGAAAGGAAACAGUUGAAUUUUUCAGGCGUUUGCGUUCGGUAAGGAAGGACUACUGUCGUGUGUUUCAUAGAGCUUCGUCUGUAUUCCCUCAUAAGCUUUAUUUGCGUACAUCAGCUGUGAUUAUGAUAGUUAAUGUUACUUUGUAAAUGAAGUGUCGAGCAUUUUUUUUAAAGUAUAAUAAAGCUGAAUGUUAAGGAAAAACAUGCAAUGAUAUACAAGUGCAGAAUAUUACAGGACAUUUACAUACAUUCACAUACUGUACUGCUUUCAUUAUCCGUCUCACGGAAGAUAUGAAAAACAAUAUGCAUCCGUCAUGUGAAGAAAUAGCUGAACUUCAGUCGAACACAAUGAACCUCGAAAAAGGAAAAAUAAACAACUUCUUGACAAAAUUAAUGAUGAAAACAAAACAAAGACUGCAGGAGAAAGAUAUUCACCUUUUGCAUUUUAGUUCAAGCUCAAAUUAUUAAAGGAUGAUUAACAAAGUAUUGGAAUAAGUUUUUGAUAUCUCAAUCUUUCAUGCGACUUUGGUCUGGUUGAGGAGGAAAGCUCUUGGUUAAUGGAAAGAGACAGUUCAACACACUGAUGCCCUCAAUAACAAUGGUAUAAAGAGAUGUACCGAUUGAUGUGGAAUAGGUUGUUUAUUAUAUUUAUGUAGGUUUGAUUAUAUUUCCUUUCUUUUUUUAACAUCUGAGUCAAAAAAGCAGGUGAAAAUGAACGUGUGAUGUGCAAAAUUUGUUCCUCAAUAAACACAAGUUACAACUGACUGCC